AUGGCAGAAGGGGGCUGUGCAAAGAACGAAGAGGAGGAAGCCACUGGCUCGGAGGAGGAUCUGGGUUCGUCUCGUGGCAGCGGCGUGUGUAAAUGGUUCAACGUCCGGAUGGGUUUCGGGUUCCUGUCCAUGACCAACAUAGAUGGGACACCGCUCGAGGAGACUCUCGAUGUUUUCGUUCAUCAGAGCAAGCUGCACAUGGAGGGCUUCCGUAGCCUGAAGGAGGGCGAGGCGGUGGAGUUUACCUUCAAGAAGUCGUCUAAAGGCCUAGAGUCUGUCACUGUGACGGGGCCAGGGGGAGCACAGUGUGUGGGCAGUGAGAAGAGGCCUAAGGGGCAACAGAAACGACGCUCCAAGGGGGACAGAUGCUACAACUGUGGAGGACCUGACCACCAUGCCAAAGAAUGCCAGCUACCUCCUCAGCCCAAGAAGUGCCAUUUUUGCCAGAGCAUCAGUCACAUGGUGGCCAACUGUCCAAUCAAAGCACAGCAGUCCUCCCCUGGCGCUCAGGGAACAGCAUUGUCACUGAGGGACGAGGAAGAGGAGCAGAGCCAUGCCCCCUUUCCCCCCAGGGAGAGCUAUGAUUGAUCGAUUCAGGGAUUCAGCCAAUCAAAGGUUUCAUUGGAGUGCUGCUUUUGGAAUUACAUCAGGUUGUCUUGAUUUAUCGCACAAACAGCAAGAAAUGUGUACUUUUAUUGAUGUGAUUGAUAGUUGAGAUUAAGAGAGAGCUCAGUGUUUUAAUUGUAUUUUCCCUGCUGCAGCUAAAUAAGAGGUAGCCUAUGUGGAUUUUCCUGGAGAUGAUUGUGAGUGCUCUGCGCUCUCACUCUAUACCAUGUUUUCCCAAAAAGCUUUUGUUAGAAAAAGGUAAAGGAAACCCAAUCAUACAAGUGAAUGUACAGAUAUAGGUGUCCUGACUCUAAGACUGUUUCAUGGACAAAAAGGAGUGUGUCUUUCUGCUUAUUGAAAUCUUCAGGUAUUAUAAGUCGUUGUGCAUUUCUACGGCCAAGUGAAUGUUUGAACCCUUUCUGCUGUAUGAAUGUUGGUACACCAUGGUUGCCGAUUGGACUGUGUACAAUACAGCUUGUCAUAAGUGCCAUAGCCUGUUCAUUUGUCUCAUGGGUGGUUGGAUGUGGCUCCCUCCCUUACAAAGCCUUGACUCAAGGCUAAAUGCGAGACCAGCAUUGAUUGUAUGACAGUCUGUCUGUCUGUCUGUCCCACAGUUUUUACUAUGGAUGUAAACAUGGCUUUCUAACAUAUUCUACAUAUCAGGGGUGUUCUCAUACACUGCCCAAAUACAUGACUUGUUUCUCAUUGUCUCGUUGUACUUGAAAACUAUUUAGAAAGCCAAAGGUAUUACAUGUUCUUUCUUGGAUGGACCUGAGCAUCAUUUUUUUUCUUUAAGAACAUAUUUUCAUGAUUGAGUGCUAGGAUAAAGGGACUCAAGUGUUGAAUAAGAUGGUUAUAGGUUUAGUAUUUUCUCCUCUUUUACAGGAGUGGAUAGAAUAUUUUACACCACUUAAAUGUAUAUAGAUAUGAUCUUUUUUAUAUUUAUUAUUUAUUCAUCGUCACUUUCUACCUUUCUUUCUAAUAGAUAAAGUAUCACAAUUUGUAGCUUAAUUCUAUUUAAACAGAAACCGGCUUUGGUUCUAGCCUCUUGAUAGAUUCGUGGUUGUAUUAAGCAAACAAUUAUGCCUUACUUUUUACUUUCUCUUUCAAUGGGCUUCAUUUUCAGUUGACUUCAUAAUAUACACUUUAAAUACAAAAGUAUGUGGACGCACUUUCAAAUUAGUGGAUUCGGCUAUUUCAGCCACACCCGUUGCUGACAGAUGUAUAAAAUCCAACACAGUCAUGCAAUCUCCAUAGACAAACAUUAGCACUAGAAUGGCCUUACUGAAGAGCUCAGUGACUUUCAACAUGGCACCAUCAUAGUAUGCCACCUUUCCAACAAGUCAGUUCAUCAAAUUUCUGCCCUGCUCGAGCUGCCCCAGGUCAAAUGUAAGUGCUGUUAUUGUGAAAUGGAACGUCUAGGAGAAACAACGGCUCAGCUGCAAAGUGGUAGGCCACGCAAGCUCACAGAACGGGACCGAUGAGGGCUGAAGCGUGUAGCGCGUACAUUAACUCUUUGUCGGGAGCGUCAUGAAAUGGGUUUCCAUGGCCGAGUAGCCACACACAAGCCUAAAUUCACCAUGUGCAAUGCCAAUCAUCGGCUGGAGUGAUGUAAAGCUUGCCACCAUUGGACUCUGGAGCAGUGGAAAGGCGUUCUCUAGAGUGAUGAAUCAAGCUUCACCAUCUGGCAGUCCGACAGACUAAUCUGGAUUUGGCGGAUGCCAGGAGAACGCUACAUGCCUCAAUGCGUAGUGCCAACUGUAAAGUUUGGUGAAGGAUAAAUAAUGGUCUGGGUCAGUUUUUCAUGGUUCGGGCUAGGCGCCUUAGUUCCAGUGAAGGGAAAUCUUAAUGCUACAGUACAUACAAUAACAUUCUAGACGAUUCUGUGCUUCCAACUUUGUGGCAACAGUUUGGGGAAGGCCCUUUCCUGUUUCUGCAUGACAAUGCCCCCAUGCACAAAGUGAAGUCCAUACAGAAAUUAUUGGUCAAGAUCGUUGUGGAAUAACUUGACUGGCAUCCAAGAACUCUGACCUCAACCCCAUUUAACACAUUUGGGAGGAAUUGGAACACCGACUGCUAGCCAGGCCUAAUCGCCUGACAUCAGUGCCUAACCUCACUAAUGCUCUUGUGGCUGAAUGGAAGCAAGUCCCUGCUGCAAUGUUCCAACAUCUAGUGGGAAGCCUUCCCAGAAGAGUGGAGGCUGUUACAGCAGCAAAGAGGGGACCAACGCCAUAUUAAUGCCCAUGAUUUUAGAAGGAGGUGUUCGACGAGCAGGUGUCCACAUACUUUUUGUAAUGUAGUGUAUUGUGCUUAAACCAAUGCAACAAUAUUCUGCACUAAUCAUGUGUAGGAGUAUGGGUAUUUCUUAAAGAUAUUUAAUUGCUCAUUGAUUGUUAUGACUGCAGCCAGGAUUACAUUUUUCUGAAAUCCUCAUGUUGAACUCAGGGAAACCCAUUUAAAGAGGAGCUUCUUUGGAAGGAGAAGUAAAGUGUUUUAUGUGUGUACCUAUAGCCUACAGGCUGGGUUGCCGGAAAAUCCAUACAGAACAUUGAUUGCCAAAUGGGCAAUGCACUAUUUACACGUUGCUAUGACAUUACUGUAGUACAGCUAGCUAUAUUUAAUGUUAUAUUCUAGUUUUGCUCUCUUUUUCUGACUUAAUUGGUGAUCAAGUUGUAAGACAGCAUAGGUAAUAGAGUAGCGUGAUAUUUCCUUAGGCACCCGAAGUUACUUCUCUGGUCUCUCUCUAGAAGUGGCACACAACCAAUCUGAACAGCAAACCAUCGACCUCCCCGCCUUUUGUGGUUAUUGUACAUAUUCAGCUUCGUCACGAUAUUAAUAUAAUGUUGUUUAUUUCCGUUUUUACUUUGCAUGGUAGUCAGUCAGUAGUUAGAAUAGAUUCACCUCUCCAUAUAGGGACUACACAAUAGGCCCCCUUUGUAGACAAAGCAUUUUGAUGACCAUGGGUGGACUGACUAUCUGGCAUUUCGGGCAAAGUGGGCCUAUCUAACUUUUUUUUUUGCGCAAAUGUAUCAUUAUCUGGCUAAUAAUGGAGGUCUUUAGGGAAAAAAUUGUCCGGUGUGUUAUAAAUGCCAAGGGGCGAUUUCUGGUCGAGGCUGCCCUUGUUGAUGUCCUUUCAAGAGCUUGUGUUGAUGGGCUAUGACAUUUGCCACUUAAUGGCACACAGUCAUAUCUGCUUGAGCCUAGUAUUUUGUCACUUCAUGUAUUUAGACUGUAACAUGAUCCUUAAUUUCCAGAGUCCAGACAAUGCGCCUAUUCUUCUUAUUUCAUUUAGGGUAGGUGGGAGUUUUUUAACCAAAUAUUUCUUACUGUAUGAGAACAAGACAGAAAUGCCUUGUCAAGAAUCUAUACAAGUCUACCUCAGGAUGUUUUUGAAAAUGGACAAUGACUGAGUUUAAAAAAAAUCAAGUUCGAUUUGUCCAUUCAUUUUGUGAGAUUGUUUUGAAUGAUUUCUUAGUUUUGUUUAUACAUUUGUGUGAAUUAUUUUUUGGUUUCAGUUUGCAAUGUAUUGUUUUCCCCACAUAGAAAUGCUGUUGAAUUACUGUUGACUGUUCUUCUUUUUUUGUGAUUAUACAUUGUCUGCAUCAAUACAUCAGACAUUUUGGUAUUAUUCUAUGCAUUGAUAUUGUGUAUGCUUAAUUUGAACUGAAAUAGGUGCCGGUACUCAUGUUGGGUGCCAGUACUGUUUAUAUUUAGGUGUAGGAGCUCCACAAUACUUUUGAGCUAAUAUUCUAUAAGAGGAACAGGAGCUCAAGCAGUAGAAAAUUUGAGGUGCUGGUACUGAGCUCCAGUGAAUUUCUGUAUAACAUGAUAAUACUGAACUCAAAGCAGGAGGGGUAUAUUACUCUGUAUGCAGGUGACAACAGCGCCUCUUGAACAAAUCACCUUAUCUAUACUUACCAGGACAGGCAAACGCCCUAACAACUUCAAGCAACCUCAAUAAACCUCUGAUAUCUGUUGUGUUUCUGAAGGCGUGUGACACUAGGUCUACUUAAAUACUAAAGUGUCAAAUAUAAUCAUAUUCAGUGUAGGCUGUUGGAAAAAAUUCCAAGGACUUACUGUCAGAAAUGCAUUUGUUUAAUUUUGUUACAAAUCUAUCUCUGAUUUUUCGACACAUUGUAUUAUGGACAAAAAUGCAUUAUUGUGUAAGUUAUGCUUUUGCAUAUGUUUCUGUCAUAUGAGUUGAAAAGUAUGGUUAAAAAUAUUUACAAUCAUUCCCCACAAUAUGAAUACCCAAUACCCAUUUUCCUCAUACCAUAUAUCCUUUCUGGUCACUAUCUCAAUUAGGCCUAUAUGUCAGAAUUCAAUGUAUAGGGUUAUAAAUGAAGCACAAACAAUAGGCCUGAUAUUGUGUUACUUGAUGUCUCUGCUUUGCUGUUUAUUAGACCAAAGAAUGUAGCUAUGUUGACUAUUAUCACCAACCACAGAAUGUGGUACAGUAGGCCUAUAGCUCACUUUGACAAAUCAUAUACCAAGCUUUACUGCCAACUGAGUUGCGAACAACGCAUAGUAGUGUUGACAUGUGCAUCAUUGACUCACCUGUUAAUAA